GUUUUGUUCGAAGAUGUAUUCCGCAUUUUCCUAUCAAAGGGCACUGAUUCUUACUGACUUUCCUGGACACGAUCCGAUAAAGUGUUAAGAUAUGCAAGUUUUGGGCACCCAUUAAAAGUGGAGAAUGUAGCGGAAAAUCUCAGAUUUUCAUUGUGUUACUUGGAAACCAGCUUCCAGGGCUCAGCUUUUGGUGGGGAUCGUUUAAAACGAACGGAUAAUUAACUGCCGUACAAUGCCGCUCUGUAUUGAUCUAAUCUAACACACAUAUUCAGUGUUCUAUGUAAAUCAGCGAAUGACGCCCAUUACCACUGCACUGAACCGCUUAAGUCUGGUGGGCAAGCUGAAAAAGGACAAGAAACCGGUUGUAGCGAGCUCCAGCAGCAAGAAUUUGCGACCAGCCAGUGCCAAAAAGGGGGGCGGGGUGGACGACGACAGAGACGACUGCCAACGACGCGAACUGAAGAAAGAGCCGGACAUAUGGCCCAAUCAGUAUCCUGGUCUGCCAUGUCGCACGGAGCCAAUAGACAACCGCCUACGUUGUCCGGGAAUGGACGAAGACAGCGUCAAUACGUUCCUGCGACCAGACAAUCUUUUGCUAACAGAAAUCAAUGUCAAGCUGGAUCAGACCAGGCCUUAUCUUGUAGGAAACAAACUUAUGAAAGAGAUCCCUUUACGGGAUACAACGAAGCAGUUGAACGAUAAGGAAUUAAGGUGUUUACAUUGGGUUGUUGGUGAAUCGGUAGAACGGCACGCCGAAAGGACAGCGCGGUAUUUCGCAAAUCUUUUCCGCAGCCGGGAACAUACCGACGUUAUUGUAUAUGUUGGCGACAAUAAAAUCAAAGCCCACAAGCUUGUCCUUGCGGCUUUUAGUCCUCGUCUUAAUCAGCAGUUCAUGAAAGAGCGUCCUGAUAAAUUACUAAUGCCUGAAAUAUGUAUUGACGUUUCCCAACUGCAGACGAGGGCCCUUCUACGGUGCAUUGAGUUCAUGUACAAAGGGACUACAGAGAUUCACCAUUAUAACGCUGCAGAUAUCCUUAACGUUGCUCAGGCAUUAAAAAUAUUUGGGCUGGCGCAAAUGUGCAAAGAUAAACUGAAGUCCCUGCAGUAUUCUGAUUUACUAUUCAAGCCACCGAAAGAUAAGUGCGAAGCGAUUAUCGGAGAACUGUCCAGACCACGGCCGAACGAAGAUGUUAAACCGAAGAAAUUAGCCAGCAAAAAGUCUGACGACGAUAUGCCGCCUUGUAAUAUGGAUAACCGUAUCUGCCCAAGCCCAGAAGAUGCAAAACGCCGAGAAGAAGCACUAGCAAUGGGAAGCGGCCCAGUUGAUUUCUAUCAGAUUACGGCGCAACCGGCCUUCCUAGCUUGGCCAAUAGAAACUGUGGAGGCCCUAUUCAGCAACGAUAAUCUCCGCCUUAAUUCUGAGUUAGACAUUGUCGAAGCCAUGGUGACAUGGAUACAGUUUCGCCCCGACCAACGCAGGCAGUAUGCUGAGCGUUUAUUGGAUAACGUGCGCUUUAUUCACUGUACGCCACACGAAAUGUUGGAUUGUAAGAAUCUGAUACCUGAACUCUUCGACAUGGGUCCUCUACGAGCGCGCAUGGCCAAAGCGAAGUGGAUGAAAGAUCUCGUGGAGAGGGGCAUGUCACCACCGGAUCUGCAGAUUCCUCCCUGUCGAGUUAACCGCGAAGGGUACUGGGCGGAGCCAGACCCCUGCGACACACCGGUGGACAAUAUCUACGGAGAGACGUUGCCGAAAGAAGGUCACGCUCCACUGGCACAUGAUCAUCGCCCGCAGUUUAAAGCCGGCAGGGCGAUGGUGUCCCAGAAAGCGCACAAGCUCAUGUGCGAUCAGAUCGAGCGACAGAAUCGGGCAGAGGGGAUGCCACCUUGCUCGGCACCCGAAUAAGUAUUUUUGCUUCUUUUUUGUUCUUAUCGAAACCCGUUUGCUUUGCGCACAACUGGUGUUGUUUCACCUUUUUAUAUGUGAUUUAGUUGUGAAAAACAAAUUUUGCACGUUCUCGGUUUCAUUGUCAUGUUGCUGUGUUAAUCCUAGCGCGGCUUGCACGGUGAUGUGAACUGGUUCUUUUGGGCAGUGGGCUUUUCACGGCGUAUUUGCUACCAUGUACCAGGCGUUUGCCGUCUUACCAUGUUGGUAUUUUUACGCACUACCCGAAUUUACGCACUUUAGUCUGGACUCUGGACCCUGAUGUACAGAAACUUAGCGGUCGCAUUA